AUGUCUACUUCCUCGUGGUUUCAGAAGAGCUUCACUCUGCCGGCCAAGUCUCGAGGCUCCUACCUCAUCACCGACCAUGUCGUUUCCUCGUUACCGGAAUUGAAAGAGUACAAGGUCGGCCUGCUCAACCUCUUCAUCCAACAUACGUCGUGCGCGCUGUCGUUGAAUGAGAAUUGGGAUAGUGAUGUCCGAGAAGAUAUGAGUGAUGCGUUGGAUCGCAUCGCCCCAGAAGAUCGGAAGGGAAACCUUUACAGACAUUCUGCCGAGGGUUUGGAUGAUAUGCCGGCACACAUCAAAUCGGCGUUGAUUGGUGCAAGUAUCACAAUUCCCAUCAGUGACGGCGCGUUGAACACGGGCACCUGGCAAGGAAUUUGGUAUCUGGAAUUUCGGGCAUCAAAGCACUCGAGAAAAGUGGUAGCAACCAUCCAAGGCGAGAAACGAUGA